AUGGCGCCCGACAAAGAUGGAGAACUUGCAGUCACAAAGUUCUCAUUUGCAAGUGACCUUGCAAGCAAGGUAACCGGAAUCAUGAGCGAAGACCAUACCGUUAAAGGACUAUCACCCUUUGGUACGCAGUACGACGGCUCCAAUCUGCGCAUUGCGAUCGUCCACACCAGAUGGAACAAGGUGGUCAUCGACGCGUUGCUAGUGGCGACGCUGAGGAAGCUCAGGGAAGCUGGUGUUAAAGAGGGUAACAUUGUCAUUCAGAGCGUCCCUGGAAGUUUUGAGCUCCCAUUGGCAUGCGCAAGGGUCAUAUCUGCAUCUCAAAUCCAGGCAUAUUCAACCGCAACGGAUCUACUCAGUGGCGCGAACUCGUUAUUGUCCCUUGACUCUCGUCCCAACACACCUGCCAUCGCUUCGUCAAAGCCGGCCAACAUACCAUCUCGACCAUUUGAUGCCGUUAUCGCGAUUGGGGUUCUUCUCAAAGGCUCAACGAUGCACAUCUCUGAAGCGGUUUCUACAGGACUCAUGCGGGUCCAAUUGGAUAGUGGGGUUCCGAUAAUAUUCGGGGUAUUGACUGCGCUGGCGGAUGUGCAGGCUCUAAUCAGAGGGGGAAUAGGUGGCCCGGAUGGCAAGCAGGGUCAUAACCAUGGGGAAGACUGGGGUGCUGCUGCGGUUGAAAUGGGAAGUCAAGCUCGAGGGUGGGCGCAGGGGAAAUUCGCAUAGGUCUAGCCCUCAUUGCAUGGGUCCGGUGUUAUGGCUCUUUGUAUCCCGUAUUGUUGUAGGUUAGAGAUGUGCUUUGGACUCGAACGUGGCGCGCGAGUGAGUGAGUGAGUGAGUGGAUAUUCAGCCUGCAAGCUUAGGCUGCUCCUGAGAACGCCGAGGCAGAGGGAAAUAACAAAAAUUAGUCUGAUCUGUGUACCCGCUCCUUUGUCCGGGUAGAUCGAGAAUUACCGCCACAGCUCAAAAACUGAUGCAAUAACUUGACUCCGAAUUAUCGAGGGAAUGUAGGAAUAAAACAGACUGUGGUGCAAUUUGAGGCGGCCAAUUUGUUGAAAAAAACUGUACUCCGGAGUGGAAUUGAGACAAAAAAUGGUCCCAAAGCAAUGAGUCAC